UACUUCGCCUUUCUGGUAUUUUCUACAACUUUCAAACGGGCUGCCAAAGCCAAACGACGUCGUAGAUUCACAACCCCAAGCAGCAGUCGCAGCCAUGGCGGCAGCAGAAUCCUCUUCAUCCUUCUUCGGCUUGAAGAACAACCGUCCGCCGGAUGACACCGUUUUCUACUCCAUCUACCCAGACUCGUCGGUCGGCGCCGCUGCGGCGGUUGUGGUGGCUGAUGAACUCCAGUCGCUCCACCUCCGAAUCCUAAACCAUAUUUCUCCGAUUGUUUCUCCAUACAUAUGGCAGCACCAGUCGUUCACUCUCUCCAUAGCUUCCGCGCCCAUUCCGCAUCUCUCCGGUCACCUCCGUUUCGGAGACAAUUUGGAAGACGAGUGGUUCGUUGUCUACAUUCUCUUCGAAAUCUCGAAGGCGUUUCCCGAUCUCUCAGUCCGUGUUUGGGACUCCGACGGCGAGUUUCUCCUGAUCGAAACUGCGUAUCACCUCCCCAAGUGGCUCAAGCCAGAGACAUCCGACAAUCGCGUCUUCAUCCGCCGCGGACUUCUGCAUAUCAUUCAGCAAUCAAGCUUCCCUGUGAACCCUACUUUAAUGGAUUCCUUGAAAUUUUUGGUGAGCAACACCGACGAUUCCGCGACGCGCGCCGCUGAUGCUGUUCAACUACAAUUAAGGAAGAAACUCGAUGAGUAUCCAGACCGUGCUUACAGGAACAUCCACAGAGCGAGGGUUAUCGUACCAGUUUCGGUGGCGUGGGUGUUGAAGCACGAGCCAUGUUUAAUAUCUCUGGCUGUUGAGGGGUUUUACGACAGAGAUAUUGACAGCAUGAAAUACGCCUCCAAAAUGGAGAAAUUUCUGCCCAAAGGAAAGCAAGAAGCGAUGGUGGAGGUGGUUGUGAGGAUGUCAAGGGCAAUGUACGCUCAAUUGGUGCAGCAGAAGUUCCAAGCUCCCAGUUGCUUUCCAAUGCCGGACAGAAGCAAUAUAGGAAAAUACUUGGAGGCAGAGCUCGGGAUGAAGAUCACUUGUGGGUUUGAGAUGAUGUAUCAGAUGAGAAAGAAGCAAGGAGAUGAAGGGAAGGGGAGCACCUGGGAAGCUUUCAACCAGAGCUUGGAGAACUGUGGUUACUUUGAGGGGCUUUUACCAGGUUCAAAGGAAUAUAAGAGAUUGAUGGAGAAAGCUGAGGGAUACUACCGGAAUAGUAUGUUGCAUCACAGGGCCAGCGAAGUGUUAAGUGCUCCUGUUAAACAAAUUGAUGAGAUUCUUGCACUUCCUCAUUCUGCCGAUGAUUUCACUAAUCAAGAUCUUCCUCCAUCUGAUAAUGAUUCGUGGCUUUAUGGUGGGGAAGAUGAAUUACAUGCUGCACUUUUGGAGAGAGAAAAGGAGAUGGGAUCUCAUAAUAUGAAGCAAAAAAAGAAAAAGAAGCCAAAAGAGCACGGGGAGGAGGAUUCAACAUCUGGCGGAGGUUUUGAUGAGCACGAUCUUGGGGGGAUCGCGCAGUCUAUGCAGGAAUUUGUCAAAAGGAUGUCUAGUUAUGAGGGAGCUGAGGUCGCCCAGGACAGGGACUUAAAAGAUGUAGAUAUUGAUGUGGAUCAGUUUAUGAAAGACAUGGAAAUGGCGAUGGGACAUCGUCAUACUAGAGGAGAAAACGAUAGUGAUGAUGAGCUCGCAGAUGGAUUAUCUUCAGACCUUGAUUUUGCUGAUCAACUUUCAGAUGAUUACGAGGACGACAGCGAGCAUUCAGAAAACAUGGAAGAAGACAAGGAUGAGUUCAUGAACACCUAUUCGGAUGCCCUGAGCAGGGAAUUGAAAGAUACUACACUUAGCAAAACCUUUGUCCGCACAAACGACCAGCCCCCUAAAAAUAACGUUGUGGGGAAUGCCGGUGCCAGUGAUGGUAUGGAUGAGCUCGGCCCAGUGGAUAUCGAUUUCAACCUGGUGAAGAAUUUCCUCGACUCGUAUUCUUCUCAAGAAGGACAAUCAGGCCCGGCUUCCAAUCUACUAGGACUUAUGGGUCUAAGGUUACCCUACGAUGCUGGAAAAGAUAAGGGCAAAGGCAAAUGAAUAGAGUUUGCCCGUCACUUCCCCGUAUACCUUGUGUUCUUCUCGUCAUUUACCUACACGAACUUGGGUAUGAAACUCCCCAAUGCAUUUCUUCUCGUUAAGUUCUUCCCUUUCUCUGGUUUUUUGCCUGUUUUAUAAUUUCAUAACGUAAAUAUAUGAAGACCAAUUGAUCAUAGAUAGUAAUCAUACAAAAAAAAUAUAUCUGUAGAGGACAACUUAUUCUUGUUGAGUUUGGAAAGUUAAAAAAACUAGUGUUAUAAUUGCUAGAAUUCAAUUAUUUGCAAGUAAUGCACAUGGAUACGUGAUAAAUUGAGGAAUGCUUGAAGUAUUAUUAUAUGCUAUACAACAUUUAAACAUGA